AUGGGGCGGUCCACGCGAUUUAACAUAAUUCAAAGGGUAACAUCCUUAACAGGAGAGUUGAACUUCAAAGGGGUAGCGCCCUUGUCAAGAGAGUUGAGCGGAUGCGUGAAAAAGAGGCGCGCGCUAAAAAGUUUACCGCGCCCGCGCUUUUGGGCUAUCGCGCGCAGGAAAGUUGCCGCUUCGGCUGGCGCACGCUACAAACGCCACGCGGGCGCGCACGCCAACUGUCCGGAAUCUUCAGUUGCCCGCGUGUCGCUCCGCCUCCGCCUCCCUCCUCUCGCCUCACUGCCUCCCACGUCACGCCCGCGCCGCCGCUCCGUCUCCGACGACAGCAUGCCUCCAUGCUGCCGCUCCGCCUUCGACUACCGCGGCGUUCGCGCGCGGCCAAGCGGACGAUUCGAUGCCGAGAUCCGCUCCGGUGAGGAGCGCAUCCGCCUCAGCACCUUCGACACGGCGCACGAGGCGGUGCGCGCCUACGACGCCGUCGCCUGGCGCCUCGGCCGCUCCCGCCGCCAGAUGAACUUCCACGAUGACGAGCGCCUCCGCCUCGAGUGGGCGCGGCAGUUCCCGGAGGACGUCACCACGAUGGAGGCGUUCUACGCGCAGAAGGAGGAGCAGAAGGCGGCGGUGGCAAAGAAGAAGGCGGACCGCGAGAAGCGUCGGGCGGAGUCCGCGUCGAGGAAGGCGGCGAGGGUGGAGAAGGCGGCGAGGAGGGCGGAGGAGAAGAAAAACGGCACCGGGCCAUCCACGAUCAUCCUCUCCUCCUCCUCCUCCUCCUCCUUCGAGUGGACAUCUACUCCGGUGUCCGACACUACUCUGAGCAGCCACUCGUCAGACUUCGACUGGGACUCGGAGUAG